UCUUCAGUGCAGAAAGCUUCAGUAGACUGCAGACAUGCUCAGGUUUCUUGUGUUGACCUCUCUCGCAGCCCUCGUGCUGGCUGAGCUGGAGCCCCAGCCCAGGUUCCUGGAGGAUGACAGUGUUGAGGGGAGAGUCGUGGGAGGAGAAGUGGCCAGACCCCACUCCUGGCCCUGGCAGAUCUCUCUUCAGUACAAAUCUGGCUCCAACUACUACCACACCUGUGGAGGAACCCUGAUCAAGAGAGGAUGGGUCAUGACCGCUGCUCACUGUGUGGACCGCUCCAGGACUUGGCGUGUUGUUCUUGGAGAUCACAACAUCAACAUCAACGAGGGCAGAGAACAGUACAUGAGCGUGAGCCGCGUCCACAUCCACCCCAAGUGGAACUCCAACAACGUUGCUGGAGGGUGGGACAUUGCUCUCCUGCGUCUGUCCUCUGAUGCUUCUCUGAACAAUUACGUCCAGCUCGGUGCCGUGCCUCCCUCUGGUCAGGUCCUGCCCCACAACAACGCCUGCUACAUCACUGGAUGGGGACGCACCCAGACUGGAGGUCAGCUGUCCGCCCAGCUUAAGCAGGCCUUCCUGCCUGUUGUUGACCACAAGACCUGCUCCAGCUACGGAUGGUGGGGCAGCACUGUGAAGGACUCCAUGGUCUGUGCCGGUGGCGGCAGCGACUCUGGUUGCCAGGGUGACUCUGGUGGCCCCCUGAACUGCAAUGUCAACGGCCGUUGGGUUGUCCACGGUGUGACCAGCUUCGUGUCCUCCUCUGGCUGCAACGCCUACAGGAAGCCCACUGUCUUCACCCGUGUCUCUGCCUACAUCAGCUGGAUGAACAACAUCAUGGGUUAAGAGCAACGAUGAUCUCCAUGGCGACGAGAGAAGACUCUGGAUUCAUCUCUGUUUCUAUCCAACUCCAUCAGAAUAAAACAUCCUAUAAUGUG